CAAUUCUUCAGCUAGCCCACAAGUCUUUCCUUUCCUCAUCACUUACCACGGUCCACAACUUGAACUUUUGACAUAUAGCUUCAGGCUGAUCUCUAUAUAUUCCCGCCGAACGAAUGGCAGACUGUUCUUGUCGCAUCCUCACUCUAUCGUCUUCGAAGGACGACACCUUGCAGUUUCUGCAAAGACUGGUACAGGGCGACCUUCCGAUAGCAACCGACAAUUCGUCUACCAUCAUCCCUUGGACUAUUGCGAACAAGUACUACACUGCUGGUGUGCACUUCGAAGUCCAUAAGCUCCCAGAUUGGAUACCGAACAACCAUGAGUUGGAAAGCGUGCCUGCCGUGAUAUAUACAUGGAAUGCUGGAGAGCCAUACAGGGAGAAUGCCCAGAUGAUAUCACAACGCCUAUCACAUCAUGAUUUUGAAGUAUCUCUGGCCAUUCGACUCCCAUCUACUACGGCCGAAGACGAAGGAGCCGAAGACGAUGAAAUAGACACAUUUCUUGGAUCACUGGGGUUUGAAUUCAUCGAUGCGCAAAAAUCAGCAACAUCUUCCGCUCAUCAUGAUCAUGGCGGGGUUGCCCGGGCCAUAGAUGCCUUGAGCACAAUCAUGUGGCCGUCCAUGAUACAAACCUCCUCCAAAGGAAGGGGUCUUGGCCUCUUGGCGACGACUCGUGAUACGGGAGAAGACCUCAGCAGCCUCGUGGCUACACACACCCCAGGAGGGCGUGAUCGCAUGCAACAAGAACUGGAAGAGUUAGAGCGGUGGCUCGACGAAGAUCAUUCUGAUGGUCAUUUUGAUGCAAGUGAGAAAACCAUAAGCAAUGAUCCGUGGAGUGCCGCAGCCACGACUGGUAGCUUGUCACCCACAGAGGAUUCUUCUACCCAGGGCCCCCACAAUAACGCCUUUGACGACGAUUUUACCGCAUUCCUGUCUGCUUCAGCGUCAGUGGUGGAUGUUGAAACUCAGUCUGCACAAACAUCAUCUGAGAGACGAGUACCUCCUCUUCCUUCGUUAAGCUUCAGCUCGACGUUCUCCUUCGACUCUGGUUCCGAUAGCUCUGGACGAUCGACGCCAGCAAAUGAUGAGCACGACUCUUCUCGCUUACAUGCGGAUCUUGGUGUAUCUUAUAGGUCUUUAGGGUCAGUUUCCGAUUUUGGAGACCCAGAGGCAGAGGAAUCCCACAAACACGAAGAUUCCGGUGACGAUUUGCCCUCGAAUGCUGAGAUUGCUGCCACCUCAGAGCGUAUCUUUGGCGCAAUACCCCUUGCUUUCUCUCCCACUGAAGGAAAUGACACCCGUUCGCUGCAAGAAAAUCUUCCCCUGCCGUCCGAAGUCGAAGUCGCUGACCCAUUAGAGGCAGACCUCGAGCGUUUCGAUCUGCAAAGUAUGCUGAGUGCGCUUCAGGGUCUCAAGGAGGAAAUUGCGGGGAUGCCUGACUCGCAGGAACGUAAGAGGGCAGCUGCUAGAGUAGCUUUAGGUUUGGUUUAUGGGCUCGAUGGAAAUUCUAGUUCAAAGUGAAGAACUGGAUGCACGGCUGGGAGGUUUUCGUGCCCACAACUGUUUUAUGCGACUAGUCGCAUAGACUCGUCCCGUCCAAACCAGUACCCGUUUUGACACUCCAACUUCAAAGCUUCCUGCCACUCCUCACUGAGCACUCACAGUUAGGUGGCAUACCACCACCUUGUAUUGCGCUCCACUGGUAG